AUGGCUAAUAAGCUUUUGAAAUGUUCAACGUGUAAUAUUGUAAUUAACGAGGUGUUAGCUUUCGUUAGUAAUAAAAUCGAUGUGAUGGACGAAGAUAGUAUCGCUCACAUAUGUGUCAGUGCUUUUUCCGAAAACGAUAUUCUAGAUGCUAAAAACUUGUUGUUUGAGUCUGUGCCGACGACCAAGAAGAAAAAGCAAAGAAAACGUAACGGAAAAACACUUCGCAAUAUAGAUGAUAUCAUCUGUUUGCUUAAGGAAACGGACCCCGAAGAAAUCCCAAUCUUUGUAGCUCGUGAGUUGCAAAAGCUGCCCCCUGUACUUUUCGAUCACGUAGACGUAACUCGUAUUUUAAAAGACCUUCUCAAGAUACAACAAGAUGUUAACUUAAUAAAAAGUAAUUAUGUCACGUCUGAACAGUUAUCUAUAGUAAAGGAUGAUAUACAGUAUUUGAAACAUACACCUUUAAUCGAGAACAAUAACUGUAACAUAAAUAAUCGUCGAGGUGCUUGUUUAAUCGACAGUUUUUCCUAUAACAGCGGGCCGAUGGGCUUACAUCCGCUAUGCGAAAACACAAUUGUAGAUAUCAACGACCACCAACACUCAACAUCCUCACCUAAAUUGGUAUACCGAGAUAUGCAAUGUCCCCAAAAUCAUUCAACAGAUCAGGGUAAUAUUUUAAAACAAACUCAAGUCCGAGAUAUCCAAGAGGCGGGUAGUCAGCGAGUGCAAAUCUGCGACGGAGCGGCCGCUGUGACUCAUGCGCGGGCAGAGCCGGUCCCCGCUACUGCGCACAGUAUCGAAGCGUGCGAUAAGACAUCUACCAUCGGACUGCGACACACGGUCGGCCAGCCUGACAAAACAUUGGUUGAGGAUCGUAAUGAUGAUCGUCGGAGACCCAUUUUGAGUAAUGAGGAAUGGACUCUGGUUCAAAAGAAAAGAAGGAGAUAUAAGUUUGCAGGUAUGAGAGGCAAGGCCAUGCUCGAACCAGAGGAAAAAUUUAAAGCUGCAGAUGUGAAAACACCCAUAUACAUAUACAAUGUGGGCAAGGAAGUUACGGAAAAUGAUAUUUGUGACUACAUCAAGAAACGGGCUAACAUCAAUGUGACAGUGGAGAAAGUAGUUAUGAAAGUCUCAAAGGAUUAUCAAUCUUACAAAAUAUUUGUACCCAAACAUCAUCUGGGCCCAGAAACCGUGAUCAGAAAUCCUUCAAUAAUGGGAACAACAAAGCUCGUUAGUUUUAACUGCAAGUGUGUCAGACGGUCACUGGAAUGUAUACGUCGGCUGUGUAGCACCGCGGACGUUAUUGCGUUGCAAGAGACAUGGUUGCUGCCUGAGGAUAUUGCUUUCCUUGAUACCAUAGAUGAGGCAUUUUCUUUCACCGGAAAGUCAGCUGUAGACAUGUCUGCAGGGAUAUUAAAGGGAAGACCAUACGGGGGUGUCGCCCUGCUCUGGAGAAAAGCAGCUUUUCCGUCGGUUUCGGUUGUGCAGUGUAGAAGUGAUCGUAUAAGUGCGAUAAAAAUAAUGAAUAACAAUCGGUCAAUAUUGAUAUUUUCAGUUUAUAUGCCUACGGAUUCAAAGGAUAAUCUUCCGGAAUUUACAGACUGUUUGGGUGAAAUUUAUUCUAUUAUUGAAAGUUAUAACAUAGAAUCCGCUUAUGUACUUGGUGACUUUAACUGGUCUGAUGUUAUUCGUAAGAUGACUAGGGGAAAGUCUCCGGGUCACGAUGGUCUCAGCAUUGAGCACCUAAAAUAUGCCGGAGUUCAUCUGCCAAGGGUGCUUGCCUUAUUUUUUAACUUUUGUCUUUCACAUAGUUACCUGCCCGAGGAUCUCAUGCGUACACUGGUUGUCCCAAUAGUCAAAAACAAAACUGGCGAUGUUUCGGACCUGUCAAAUUACAGGCCUAUUUCUCUGGCCACCAUUGUGGCUAAAGUACUGGACAGUUUGCUUGAUAAACAGCUGGAGAAAAAUAUUAAAUUACACGAUGCACAGUUCGGCUUUAGGCCGAAGUUAUCAACAGAGAGUGCUAUCCUUUGUCUCAAGCAGACUGUCCACUAUUAUACGGCUAGGAACACGCCAGUGUAUGCAUGUUAUCUAGAUUUCUCAAAGGCGUUCGACCUGGUGAAUUAUGAGGUGCUGUGGGGAAAACUUGAUGGGCUUCCUUCAGAAGUAACCUGUUUGCUUAAAUACUGGUACAGUAAUCAGCAGAAUACUGUAAGAUGGGCAGGCACUUUUUCUGAUGAGUACAGGUUGCAGUGCGGUGUGAGACAGGGCGGACUAAGCUCUCCGCGGCUCUUCAACCUGUACAUUAAUAGUUUGAUUGGGGAACUCACCAGCACCGGUCUCGGUUGCUCCAUAGAUGGCACUUGCAUCAAUAAUAUAAGUUAUGCUGAUGACAUGGUGCUGCUGAGUCCCUCGGUUGGUGCCUUGAGACGCAUGUUGUCUAUUUGUGAGCGAUACGCGUUGACCCAUGGACUCAGAUAUAACGCCAAAAAGAGUGAGUUUAUGGUGUUCAAAGCCGGUUCUAAACAGUACAAAGCUCCAGCUGUCACUCUUUGCGGCACUCCACUUCAUCAAGUGAGCAGUUUUAAGUAUCUGGGUCACUGGAUCACCGAGACCAUGUCAGACGAUGUGGACAUCGAGAGGGAACGGAGGGCGCUGUCCGUUCGCUGCAAUAUGCUUGCUCGUAGAUUCGCACGUUGUACUAGUGACGUGAAAAUAACACUAUUCAAGUCGUAUUGCCAGUCGCUGUACACGUGCGGCCUAUGGGUGAGGUAUGCGCGGAGGGCGUAUGGCGCGCUCCGUGUCCAGUACAACAACGGGUUCAGGGCGAUGUUGGGGUUGCCGCGGUGGUGCAGCGCAUCCGCCAUGUUCGCGGAGGCACACACGCAGGACUUUUUCGCUGUGAUACGCGCGCGCUGCGCCUCGCUACUCAACCGCCUCCGCCGCUCCACCAACACCAUCCUGAUCACGUUGUCUGAGCGUUGGGACUCACCUUUUCUGCAGACAUGGACGAUGUAUCACACACUUCGGAAUAAGAGGUGA